AUGUUUGAAGAAAAUAUUGAUGAAAAACGUGUUAUUACAGAUACAAAUAUUUUACAAGAAGAACUCAUCUGUCGGAUAUGUUAUUAUAUUCUAUGGAAACCUCGUAUCUGUGCUUCAUGUCAAAACUUAAUGUGUCAAAAAUGUAUUUUAAAGUGUUUAAGUCCAAAUCAAAACUUAUGUCCAUUUUGUCGUUUAAAAUUUAAAGAAAAAUUUGUUGCAUCAUCACGAAUUCUUUCACUCUUAUCUAAUUUACGUAUUCGUUGUUGUAAUUCUUCGAAUGGUUGUACAAAAAUUCUUCCAUAUGAUUUAUUAGAACAACAUGAAAGUUUCGAAUGCAAAUAUAUUUCGAAAAAAUGUCAUCGAUGUGAACAAUUAGUACUUAUAGAAAAUAUUAAUCAACAUGAAAAUAUAUGUAAACCUAUUUUAAUCAAAUGUUCUAUUUGUAAAGCUUUGGUAGAAUCUCAAUUUAUUCAUUCUCAUAAAGAUGAAUGUUUACAAGAAAGAUCAAAUGAAAUGAUAGAACAUCAACCAUCAAUAUUGUCUAUGAAUCGAUUUCGUCAAGAAAAUUAUUUUUUUCUACUUUGGACAUUGUUUAAAUUGAUUUUAUUUAAGCCAUCAAUGAUUCAUUUAGUUAUAUUGAAGUUUUUUAUUUUUGAUAUACAUUGUUUUAGUAAUGUUGCAACAAGUCUAUUAUGUUUUAUAGUAAUAUAUGUUUGGUUUUCUUCUAUUCAACGGUAUCUUAUUCUUUUUAUAUUCAGUGAACUAUCAAAGUAUGUUAUUUGUUUUGUACUUACAUCGAUAACUGAUACAUAUUUUAUUUUAUUUUUUAUGUUACUAUCAUUCAUUUGGAGUUUAAUGAAUUUACAAUUAUCAAUGCAUAGUUUUCAAUUAAAUAAAAAUUUAGGAAAAGAUUUUUUAUACAUUCUAUUAGAUUUGUUUAUAUCUAAAUUAUGGCUUCUUAUGAUGCGGUUCUAUUUCGAAAUUUUACCGUCCUAUGUAAUUACAAUAUCUUGGUCAUUAAUGGUUACUUUUACUAUUGGUAGUCUAUUUUAG